AUGGACGAUUCUGUAAGUAAUUGGUUAGAAAAAACUCCAAAUCACACUUGUUUUAGAAUAAAUAGAUUAAAAGGAUUUAACAUACAAAAAUUAGAACAUAUAUUAUUAUCGCAAAGAAAUACUUUGAAUUUAAACGAAAUACCUCAAUAUUUUUUCGUAAGACCGGACUGUUUAAUAAUAUAUCAAUGGCCAGAAACCAUAGUUAGAGAAAAAGGUAAACAUGAGGUCAUAGUAGAUGCUGCAUGUGGUGCAGCUGUUUUAAGAGGUUCUCAUGUUUAUGCACCUGGAGUUCUUGGGCUGCCAUCUGGAUGUACACUUGAUGCUUUAGUUGAUAUUUAUGCUGACCUUGAUGAGAAAUGUAAAAGAGGAUUAAAAGUGGAAUAUUUGGGAAAUAAGAAAUAUGUAGGUACUGGAUAUUUAAAGAAGCUACGCUCUCAUCUUUUUGAUGAAGGUAUACAACCAAGUGGUGUAGCUGUUGAAACUGUAUGUCCAGAAUCUAAACUAGUGGUUGUGAAUGAGACAUGCUUUUCAAGUGGCCAUGUUGUUUUACAAAAUUUGCCAUCUAUUGUAUGUGGUUGGGUAGUAAAUCCUCAGCCAAAUGAGAAGAUACUUGAUAUGUGUGCUGCCCCGGGUAAUAAAACAACACAUUUAGGUGAAAUGUCAUAUAAUAAAGCCUUCAUCACUGCUAUAGAUCGAACAGAGAAAAAGGUUGAAUUGAUUAAAAAAAAUUGUAAAAUGCAAGAUCUGACUUGUAUCAAUGCAUUUGCAUAUGAUUCAAGAAAAAUUCAUUCAGAAUCUGGCAGUGAAAGUGGUCCACCACCAUAUUCAUCAAAUUAUUUUGAUAAAAUACUCCUUGAUGCACCAUGCAGUGGCUUGGGUCAAAGACCAAGAUUAAUAAGCAAUAAUAUGUCACCAAAAAUGUUACAAUCAUACAAAUAUGUUCAACGGAAGUUAUUCGAAGCAGCUGUUAAAGUUUUGAAAGAAGGUGGUAAAUUGGUAUACAGCACAUGCACUAUUACUAUAGAAGAAAAUGAAGGAUUAGUAAAGUGGGCCCUUGACAAUUUCCCAAAUAUAAAAUUAAUAUCAGCCGAUCCUCUGUGUGGAGGACCAGGCUUAGCUAAUUCUGGCCUCACUGAUACAGAAAGGGCAAUGGUGCAACGUUUUGGACCUCAGGAAGACCCACUAAGGCCAGUUGACUCGAUUUACAAAAACUCCAUAGGUUUCUUCAUAGCAGCUUUUGAAAAACUUGACAAUAAUUAA